AUGUUAACAGCUUGCUACGGUAGCACGAAUAAUAAUGGUAAAACGACGGAAACGUUAAAUUUUUUACGUAACGAUUACGUGACGAGAUCGGAAAGCGGUUUGAUGUUAAGGGUAAACGAUAAAUCGAUAAAUUCAAAUCGUUUCGAUUUGGAUCUAAUAAAAAAAUCGAAUCGAAGUGAUGUCAAUAACGAUGCUUUAAGACUUAGCGAAUCGAUAUCGUAUUUGAAAACGGCAAACGAUUUCGUCAAUAGGACAAAAAUCGAUACUAAUAAUAAAAAAAUUUUACCCGAUGAUUUGAGGACUAAUCGCGGAACGGGUAGUGGACAACAACAAUCGCAACAACCGCAACAACCGCAACAAUCUAGGAAUAAUAUUAGUUUUAGCGUUGCUUCCUUACUUGCUGACACAAGGCCGAGAAGAUCACCGUCGGUGUUUCAAUCGGAAUCUCCAUCGCCGCCGCCAAUUGAAACGGAAGUUAAAUACAAAGUCAAAAAAUUUUCCAGCUCCAGUUCGGGUUUUAUUUGA